UGUAACUUACAUUAUUAAUUAAUAUUCUUAUAAUCAUGACGUAAAUGUUUAUUAUUCAUUGUUCUCUAAAUUAAUAAAUAAUUAUUUGACUAAGGCUUCGUCAUUCUGUAAUCAAACAGUAAUUUAAUUUUUUUUAUUAUAUUUAAAUAACACAUUUAUUUUUAUUAUUUUAACAUUUUAUAACUUUAUAACAAUUUACUUUUAAUUAAUCAUGAAUUUUGCUAAUAAUAAAGUCUUUUCUUUAUCGAAGAAAUUGUGUAGUUGUCUUUAUAGGUAUUCAUCACAUUUUGUAUACCACCCUGAAAAAAAUGGCAAUGAAUUUGGAAAAGUAACUGAGCAAAAUAUGUACCAAGCUAUUAACAGUGCUAUUGAUAUAGUGUUAAGCAAAGAUCCCAAUUCUGUUGUAUUUGGUGAAGAUGUUGGAUUCGGUGGAGUAUUUAGAUGUACCAAUGGCUUACGUGAACGUUAUGGAAAAGAACGAGUUUUUAAUACCCCCCUAUGUGAACAAGGCAUUGUAGGAUUUGGAAUUGGUCUAGCUGUAGCUGGUACAACUGCUAUAGCAGAAAUUCAGUUUGCUGAUUAUAUGUAUCCCGCAUUUGAUCAACUUGUCAAUGAAGCUGCAAAGUACCGUUACCGUUCUGGUAAUUUGUUCGACUGUGGUAAACUAACUAUACGAACUCCGUGUUCUGCAGUUGGCCAUGGUGCUCUAUAUCAUUCUCAAAGUCCAGAAAGUUUUUAUGCUCAUGCUCCAGGUCUUAAAAUAGUCAUGCCUCGAAGUGCUAUGAAAUCUAAGGGUUUACUUCUGUCAUGUAUCCGGGAUCCGAACCCUUGUAUAUUCUUUGAGCCCAAAAUUAUGUACCGAAUUGCUGUUGAUAAUGUGCCUGAAAAUGACUAUGAAUUGCCUUUAGAAAAAGCUGAUGUUCUAGUUGAAGGAAAAGAUGUUACAUUGAUUGGUUGGGGAACACAAGUUCAUGUCUUACUCGAAGUUGCUGAAAUAGCUCUUGAAAAGUUCAGUAUUUCAUGUGAAGUUAUUGAUUUAGUAACAAUAUUACCAUGGGACAAACAUACAAUUGUUAAUUCAGUUAAGAAAACGGGCCGUGCAAUUGUGUCUCAUGAAGCUCCCUUAACUGGUGGAUUUGGUGCUGAAAUAGCUGCUUCAAUUCAAGAAGAAUGUUUUCUUCAUCUUGAAUCUCCGAUUCGCCGUGUAACUGGAUAUGAUACACCAUUUCCUCAUGUAUAUGAACCAUUUUAUUUACCAAAUAAAUGGAAGUGUCUGCAGGCUGUAAAAGAAGUAGUCAAUUAUUAAAUUCCCUUACUAUUAAAUUGUGUUUUUAAAUUUACUUUCUUAAUAAUUUAUUCUUUUUACUCUCAAUUAAUGAUAUGCUUUAUUUGUAAAAAAAAAUGUUGUUUAAUAAAUUUGUAUGUAAAUUUUUCUUAAUGGAUAAAUAUUGAUUAGUAUUUGAUACUGUGUUACAUUUAGAUAUUCUCUUUUUGUUAUGUUCAUUUUUUCU